UGUUAAGAACACACGGCGACAAGAAAAUGGCGAAUGUGGAAGUGUAUAUGAGUAACGUUAUAUGGACACUUUAAGCAGUUUUAGCUAAUACUACGUGGGUUUAUUUUCUACUGCGGGUGCGACGUUAAUUCAAACAAUGGCGAGUGCUAAAUCUAUGUCACACUAGCCGCAGCUAAUUUAAAAGUAGGUUACAUUAACUUGCGUCUUGGUAGCUACCAUAGCUAGCUAACUGGAUAACUUCAUGUAACGUUACAAACAUGAAGCGUCCUAGUCUUGGCAGCUUUAUGUGGCGUCACUGUGUCCACACACAAUGAGCAACCCGUUGGACCAAAUUUGUUAAACUAAUGACACCGGACUUGAAUACAUUUGAUCAAGGCUGACCUGUUUUCAUGGAUUAUCGUUGAGUCAAGGGCUCAGGAGUCACUCGCUGUCUUUGGGGACGCUUCAGUUGACGGUAUGGCUUUACACAACCUGGUUUUUGUAAUCGAUGUGGAUUAUGGAGAUCACGAUUCAGGCGAUCAGCUGGAUGUCAGGAAUCAUUUCGUGAAACGAGGAAUAUUACAAAUUCUGCUGCAUUUCAGCUACAAAUAUGGAUUUGACAAAGUGCGCUGGGGUUAUAAGUUCUUUCAUUCCAAGACUGGUCGUAAUGCCAGGCUCAUGUCAAGGGGGUCAGACUUUAAGGAGCUUCGCCACAAAACCUUUGAGGAUUUUGAAAUAGAGUUUGAAGCCAAGUUUGAUGUGAAGGAUAAACCGUGCCCUUCUCGCCAAAAGCAGCAAUCCAGCCAGUCUGCUUCAGUUCAAAACGCUCUCAAAGAAACCCUACUGGAUUUCCAAUGGGACAGACCAGACAUUACCUCUCCCACUAAACUGUCCCUGAGGCCCAGGAAAUCAAGCCGAGUUGGGAAACCCAGUGUUUCACAGGAGGAUGAUAUUUCAAACAACGGGAGGAAUGUGGUGUUUAUUGUCUCGGAGUGUCCACGUUGCAGGACACAACUUGUGGACUAUCUUUCUUUGGGAAACCAUGACCUGCCUGCAGAUGUGACAGAGCACAUUACAUCCCGGGGCCUUCGUGAUAUGCUGGUCCAGCGACAGGUUGUGUUGCACUGGAUUGACAAUAGCUCACAUGUCCAGGUCAUGAGGUGUGAGGACCAUGUCGGGUUUGACAAGCUGUCUGAGGUCCUAGCUCAGGUGGGUGGCAGAGUGAUCCCUGUAGUUGCACUGCUGAAUCUCUGCUGCACUCAAGAUGCCUUUACAUUCAAGUCCAGCAUUGGAUACCUGCUUUCUUCUGAAAGGCUCUACCGCCAGGCUUUUCCUGUCAUUGGCGGUGUUCUGCGGUGGGAGCAAGGUGAUGUGACACAGACCUGUGGCAUCACGGUUGAGCCAGUGUCUCGCAGACAGAGGCUCCUCCCAGAGUCAGUGGAAGUGUGUCUGAAAGGAGUUCUGCAGGACUGGGAUUCCUCUUUACUGACAUCGACUUCUACAGAGUCGUGGGUGAUUCAGUGCUCCAGCAGCAGUGAUCAGGGAACCGGUGCCUUCCAGCAUCUCCUGAUGGAACUGUCUGCUCAUGCUCUUCACAUGCUUUCUGAGGUGAAUGACAAUGGCCUGGCGUGCUCGGCUGUCCUCUCCCCCUUGUCACACGCUACAGCUCUGCUUACCGUUCUCCAGUCUGGAAUAGCUCGGCACGACCAGUUCCUGACCACCGAAAUCAUUGCCCCCGCCACAACAGAAAGCUCAGCUGAACUGCCAGAUGUUGUGAGCAGUGUUCUGGGAGUAGUGUAUGACAUCAUGGAGGAGGAUGGUGACAGUGUUGAUGACCAGCCAAAGGAUUAUCUGGUUCCUGAGUGGGCUCAGAGGGAAGUUUGCCAUUUCCCACUGACCAAAGGCGUGUUGGAGAGCUGGUUCCCUCUGUCAGACCAGUCAGGAGUGAGUUCCCACCUAAUGGAGUCAAUGAGGUUACUGCAUGCAGUGCCAGAACAGAGAGAAGAGGAGGAGUUGCCUGUCCUACAGCAGGAGCUGAUCGAUGGUCUGGCCGAAUUGUAUCAAACAUCGCAGGGUGCAAAUGACAAGAGGGGCAAGAAAUGUGGCGCCCAGCGCACACCAGUGAAACAGAAGAUGAAGACCAUGAGCCGCUCCCUUCAGAUGCUGAAUGUGGCACGGCUGAAUGUCAAAGCCCAAAAGAACCAGAACGAGGCUGAGCAGCUGGGGGUCGAGGGCAGGGGGCCAGACAGACAAGGGAAGAGACGAUCAAGUGACAAGAACAAAUCUGAAGGAACGAACACAAUAAGUUUCACCAGUGAGGCAGAGCUGCUGUCCCAUCUGAAGUCCAGUUACGAGAAAACUGUGGUAGAAAGAGACUUGGCCCUCCUCACUGGUGUCCAGCAGCUUGUGUCUGCUGUGAAAACCUUCCUCGUGGCAGAAUCAGAUGUGGAGGUAAAGACCUCCCUGUUUGUCCAGCAGCACCUCCUCAAGACCAGCAAAUCAAUCAGACAAUUCUAUUGCACGGCUGCUGAUGUUGAUGGCAAAGUCAGAGAGUGCCAACUACAAGCGCUGCUGAGACUGGAGUUGUGCAGACUUUUUGCUUCGGAGCAGCCUGACUCACUGGAUUUUGAUCAGAUGGCGGAGGAGGUGGCUGAAAUGCUCAGGAUAAUCUCCCUCACAAAAGACCCAGUUUGCUUAGCAAGGUUCCUUCAAGAUGAUGUCCUCCCAGGGUUCCUGACUGCUGUUCCCAGAGUGCUUGCAGACAUCUACCACAGUCUGGGCACCCAGCUCCCAGAAGCUUUGGUGGCUGUUCUACCUGCUGAUUUCUUCAGUGACGAGUCAGUUGCCAAGGACAGCGUUUCUCCGUCAGCCUCCUCAUCUCCCCUUUCCACACAUAGCCAGGUUUCAGGUGGCAGAGAUUGCCUGCAGGACCUGCGAAAUCGUUCAGCCAGCAAGAGGAAGAGUGGGAUGCUGACUCGUCAUCGCAGUAUGACUGAAUCAUCACAGAGUCUUCGCCAAAUAGAGAUGCCCAAAAAGGCUACAAGAGCUUCCAAAUCAAAGGUAUCUGUUGCUUUGGAGAAACCUGUUGCAGAACCAGAACCUCAGAAACAAGAAGCACAAGAGGUGACGAAGGUGAGAAGAAACCUGUUCAACCAAGAGAUUGUGUCCCCCUCAAAGAAAGCCAAGCUGCCGAGGAGCCGGUCUGUGUCCGCUGUGGAAGGAUUGAAACGCAAGCGAUCCCAUGAAUACGAAGAGAGGCACAAACUUCUAACAAAGAAAGUGUGUGAGACACCCCAUCACAAGCAAGUGUCCAGUCGCCUCCUAUACCGGCAGAAAAUGGGAAGGAGAUCUGUCCCAGCUGAGGAAUGUAUUGUGGAAGAGUCACCAGUAAAACCUGCAGAAGACCUUAGAAGGAGCCCAAGGCUAAAGAAGUUUGCAAGAAGACACUCAAACACUUUCUACUCAAGUUCUCAACCUCGCUCCCGCAACCUGGACAGGGCUCUCUCUGCAUCCCAGCUUACUCUCAGCGACAGCAGAAUCAGCGGGGUGAACGUGAAAACAGUUCGGUCUCCAAUGCGUCUUCUUUUUGGGGCUGCUGAUUUCUCUAGCUGUCCUUCAGACCGGUCUCCUGCAACCAGGGCCACCAGGUCACGACUGUCCACAGACUCUAGUGUCUUUGAGAGUCCAAAUAAAACACCAACAAAAUCACCUGGCAGCCGUGGGAGAGCCAUCCAUGGGAUCACAACACCCAGGACACCCAAGACCCCUCGAACCCCAGGGAGCCCCAAAACCCCACCUCCAUCCAGGACAUAUGUCUCUGCUGCAGAGAGCCCCGUAGCAGGCAGCUCUCGUGAACUUGGUAUGGUUCUCAGAGGCAGUCCUUUCAGAUCACCAGCCAGAAUGACUCUUGUGGUGGAGACUCCAACUAAGGAAAGCCCUGUGAGGAGCCCACUGAAGGGUAUUCUCAGGACUCCGGUUAAGGCCUUGGCCGAGUGCCGAUCUUCUUCUGGAUUACAUCUACUUAAUAGCCCAAUUUCCAGGACUCCCAAGAAGAGCGUCACAUGGUCUCCAUCCCCUCGAAAGUGCAGAGUGGCAGAGAACAGCAUUACUUUCAAGGUGCCAGAGUCACCUUGUAUUGCAUCUCGCACUUCUCCAAGACUGGUGAAUUCACCCAAAGCUUUCUGCAGUCCUGUCAAAAGCAGAAACACUAAAAGAGACAUUUUCAAGACCCCCGAAAAGAUUUGUCAAGUAAGCCCAAAAAGGGUUUGUGAAAAUGCAAAUAGUGUCAUUUUGACGGAUGAAAAAAAUCAGAGUUCCUCUGACAACAACAGGAUGAAAACACCUGAAAAAAGUGAGACUGUUAGUCCACUGGAAAUGCCUCCUCCACAAUCUACACCACCUCUAGACCACUACCUUUUACCUAAAUCCAACACUAGAACUCAAACCAGAACUCCUAGUCCUACUCACCGAAUGAUUACACGCUCUGGAAGAACUCCAGGAAAAAGUUCAAACAUCUCAUCCCCAUGUAAGCCAGCGUUUGCACCAGUAGGAGGUUCUACUGAUUCAAAAGGAUCAGAUACUUCAAUAAAAUUUCCUGCAAAGUCCCUGUUGAGAACGAGGUCUGGUCAGGGUGCCACCAGACAUAAUUUAAGAUCCCAGUCUAGUGAGAAUGUUCCCUCCAAAAUAAACACAGAAUCUGUUGAGAGCUGUGACCUUGUGGAAAAGAACGUGCAGUCAGAUCCAAAAGAAGAGUUACAGGCUGAAACUGACUCUAGUUCCCACACAGAUUCACAGCAGUUUGACUCUUCACACUUAAACUCUGAAUCCACCGAAGAUGAAAGUAUGGACAUUGUAGAUGCAGCUGUUAUAAAGACCCAGUUUAGUGGCGGUCUCAGGAUGAACAUUAGCUUUUCACGGAAGCCUUCGCAGUCUGGUGAAGACUUCCUGUCGAGCACAGUCUCUCCUAAACCACGCGUGUCACCUCAAGGUACUCCUGGUCGGAGCUACGGCUUCAGGCAGACCCCUGACCGUCAACAGAGGGAGGCUGCUGCUCGUUUGGGGUACGGGAAUGAAGCUCCUCGAUUUUCAACCCCUAGAGGGCCAGCAAGACCUCGUCAACAAAAGCGCAUGGGUACUCCAAACCCUCUGACUUACCAAGUCGAAAUGGAGAUGCAAACUUCGGGACUUCCCAAGAUCAAAAUCAAACGCACAAACUCCAUGAAUGCGGGUGAUUUGGCCGCAGGAGCUCAGAGCCCGUUAGUUGGUGUGAAACCUUCUCAGCUGGAAAGUCCCUUGGCUUUGUUCUCUAAGCACAGAGAUCCUGGAUGUGUCUCACCAUCUCUCUGUACUCAUGUCACCCCGGCCAAGAGCACGCCUGGAAAAGGUGGAAGCGUCCAGACUUACAUCUGCCAGUCCUACACCCCUACACGCCAUCCUGCAGGAACAGUAUCUCCAGUGGCAGUUGCAGACAUCAUUCCCCUGACUCCUUCACCUCAGAGUGUAGGGAAGGUGAUGCCAGACAGCCUCAACAGCUGGCCUCGCAGGAAGAGAGCUCAGAUUGGAGUGGCUGGAGGCAAGGAUCGUGGCUUGAAGGGAGAGCCUUUGUUGGCGGAGUUGCUGGAGGAAGCUGAGCUUGGAGUUAGCAGGUUGCAGGACAUUGAGGACACAGAUGAGCCCUCAAACAACAAAGCUGUGAAUUCAAAGCAGUCACCCUCAGUUGGAGCAGAUGCAUCUCCUCUUUCUCCAGUGGAGGACUUGUACUGGAUGGAGAAGCUGGCUCAGCAGGCUGACGGUGCUGAUCAUCAGAGAGCAGAAGAAGAAAUGGUCUGGGCUGCUGGAAAUGGAGACGUCAAGUCAUUAGCGACUCCUCCCAGCUCAAAGGUGAGGAAGCCGGUGACGGCGAGUGGGAUUCUGGCCCUCACUCACUCACCGUUGUUGUUCAAGGGCAAAACUGGCUCUGCUGGUAAGAGAACGCCAGAUUUUAGAGAUGAGGCUGCAUCAGGGCGGAGGACAGACGUUGAUGGCGUGGAGCCCUCUCCCUUCGGCCAGUCAAACAGGCGCUCAAACACGGGGAAGACCUACAGCAGGAAGAGACUGCUUCACUGAGCCGCAGAGGUUGUCCUCUCUGUUUUACUGUGACGUGUUGAGCCUUUCUCAGCCGUAUUUUGUCAGGGGUGCUGUUGAUGGCACAUUUGAAGGAUGUGUUUCAAGCACCACUUGAAAAGCUUGGUGAUCCUUUUCACUCUCCUCCACCUACACAUUUGACCCUGACAUUUUCUGUUCUAAUCAAAGGCUUCGAUUUUAAUCAGGACAUUUUAACAUUUAAAAUUAGAGCAAGGUUUUAGCAUGGAGUUCAAAAGCUAUGCAGUUCUGCCAAGAUGUUUAAAAUUGUUCUUAUUCGUCGUCAUUGUUUUUAAAAAUUAUAAUCUGCAAUUUUGCAAUCAAGUCUGAAGUCUACAUUUGUUGAUAUAAAUACUAUUCAUGUUUAUUUAUUAGUGUGUUAUUGUCAUAAACUUGCUUGUAAGUAAAAGGGAAGCUAGCGAUUUCAUCUGAUUGUAAAUAUCUUAUGUUGCCAAAGUUUUAUGUAAAUAAAUAUCAGUUUUCUGAAGUAAGUUAUUACAUUUUUUGUAUCCUGUAUUCACCCUGCUUUGUAAGGUUGCACACUUGUUUUGAUUAUUGGCAGAUCAGGGGAAGACUGGAAAACCCGACCAGUAAUGCAAACACUACUACUUCAGGCUUUCUUCUCUCUGAAUGUGACUUUUAUAAUUCAAGUUCAUCAGCUGGCAGCAAAUAAAAGGUGACCCGAUACUUUCAUCUCGCAAUCACAAACCUGUUCGAAGGUCAGUGCUCUAAAAGCGUAAAACUCUUCAUGUGCCUUCAGUCGGUGGUGCAUUAAUGAUUGUUGCACACAGGAAAUCACAUUUUAAGAUAACCCCCAAAAUUUACAAUCCUGACUGUGAUCCAGUGUUUGGUUUUGUUUGUUUUAUCAGACCUGCUAGUUGUUCUGUGCUUGAAUUAUUACCCAUAAGGUUUAUUUCGGGCACCAGUUGUUUGCUGUAAAGUCAGAUAAGGUGACACACCUGUGUGGUGUUGUGGUUAUAUACCAGUUCAGCGAGUGUGCCGCACCAGCUUGCUCCUGAAGCAUUUCACUGUAAAGAGAGUGAAAUGAAAGACAUUUUUAAUAACAUCACAAUGAAGAUAUUAAAUACAUAGAAAAUGAAUGAUGGCUGAAUUCUGGUUUCAGGUUCGUGCUAUUGUGCUUGCUGGCUCACAGUCACAGCUUACCAGGACACUAGAAUACAACAGAGCCAUUGUUAAUGUCAGCAGUUACACCUGCGAUUCUCAUACGAACACAAGCGUCAGCUGUGAAAAAGCCCUGUUGAACAAAACAGAACAGCUUCUGACAUCAAAUAAAUUACGUGCAUGAAAGACAGUUAUUAAUCGCAAGUAUUCACUCUCUUGAAGUCAGUAUCCUUUGGCAGCAGUGACGGCCUUUAGCCUUUGGCUCUUUAUCGGCUUUGUAGAUCUGGACGCUGCAAGUUUCCCCUCAUUCUCAUGCAAAAUUGCUCGAGCUCUGUGAUGUUGCACAGGGGCCUUGACACAACAGCAGCUUUCAAAUCCCGCCACAAAUGAUGGAUUGUGCUGAGGUCUGUACUCUGACUUGGCUUCACAGCUUUGACAAUUUGGCACCGUACUUUCAUGGACUUCCAGAAGCCUUUCAAGGCCCUCUCCCACACAGCAUGAAGUACACUCGCUAAACCACCUUCCAGAUACAGGUGAACAUGAGCCUUAAUCACAUGGCACACCCUGAUUGAACAUGGGUGAUGUUGCUGGUGCAAUUCAAAAAUAUGAUUUAGGUAAUAGUAAAGCAAUAAAGGUGGUAAAUUCUUGAUGCUAUGAGUUCAUUAGUUGUAUUUGAUUUGAAUAAAUGUGUACAAAUGUGUUUUAUUCAGGUUUUUGAUGUUUUUAAGAACAUAUGCUGUGAUUCAGUGUUGUAAAAGCUCCAGCUGAGGUGAAGACAUUCACUGUAAAUUUACCUCAGCAGGUUUUUCCCAGUCAUAUUCACUGUUACUUUUUUUAAAAUCUUGCAGGUACUGUAAUAAAUGAUUCUGUGGUCAUGUAGGUUUUAACUG